CCCGCUCACAUCAGAUCACACCAGGGUUACCGGAGGAGGAGAGACGCUGCAGCGGAGGAUGCCGCUCCGGCCUCUCAUGAACUCAUCCACCCGCUGAACGAGGCUGCUCCGCGGGCUUCAGCCUGAACCUCCGGCAGGACUCCCGAGCUCAGGACUUUUUGAACAGACUGACCUGCUGGCCUUUGUGUAGCAGCCAUGGGCAGCAAGACUCUGCCAGCACCGGUCCCCCUGCACCCCUCCCUCCAGCUGGCCAACUACUCCCUCCUGCAGAGCUCCACCGGCCUCCAGCUGCCAGCUGAUCACUUUCACAGCGUCUACAGCUUCAGCGCCCUGCACGCCAUCCACCUCCACCAGUGGACCCUGGGCUACCCGCCGCUGGCUCUGCCCCGCUGCACCAUCUCCAAGCUGCCGGCCCAGUUCUCCUCCAUGGCCUCCAUCCCCAUAUUCCCUCACCUGCUGCAGCCCAAGCAGGGCUCCUCAGAGCUGCUGCAGAACUCCAAGAACAAGCCCCGCUUUGACUUUGCCAACCUGGCAGCAGCGGCCACCCAGGACGAUUACCUGAAGGCAGAGGACCUGAGCAUGUCAGGCGCUGCCGCAGCGCAGGCCUCGUCUCACCACUCCGCCUCAGCCGGCCUGGGAUGCCUCCUGGAUGUGACCAAACUCUCCUCGCCGGAGCGGAAGUCCAGCCGAGGCCGGCUUCCCUCCAAGACCAAGAAAGAGUUUGUCUGCAAGUUCUGUGGCCGCCAUUUUACCAAGUCCUACAACCUUCUGAUCCACGAGAGGACGCACACGGACGAGAGGCCGUACACCUGCGACAUCUGCCACAAGGCCUUCAGAAGACAGGACCACCUCCGGGACCACAGGUACAUCCACUCUAAAGAAAAGCCCUUCAAAUGUCAGGAGUGUGGGAAGGGCUUCUGUCAGUCCAGGACUCUGGCGGUCCACAAAACAUUACACAUGCAGGUCAAGGAACUGAAGCCAGCCAAGAUCAAGUGA